ACCGAACAGGACCUUUGCCGACUGGCACCCCCCACCCCCCCCACUGAAGCCUCGCCCCAGUCUCGUAUUUAGCCGGAGCUUCUCAGUGUUACCCCAUCUGUAAUACUCCCACAGAACCCAACUUGACAAAGAUACACUGCAAUCCCAAUCAAACUCCGAAACUCAGACCAAUAAAAUGGUAAAUCAGGUCAACAGGACCCUCCAAGUUUUUUGCAUCGGCACAGCUGAUACGAAGCUUGAGGAGCUCCGAUUCCUCUCCGAUUCCGUUCGAUCCAAUCUCAACAACUUUUCCGCUCAUUCUUCCUCCAAGGUAGAGGUGACAGUUGUUGAUGUUUCCACAAGUCAGAAAGAGGCACAGGGCUGCAGGGAUUUAAAAUACGUGUCAAGGAAUGAUGUCCUGUCUUGCUAUUUUGGUUCAGGGGAGCAAUCGCAUAGUCUCCCAGAUGAUAGGGGCACAGCCAUUACAAUGAUGAGUGAGGCUGUCGAAUGUUUUCUACAGAAAGCACACAGGGACUGUGUUCUUGCUGGUGCUAUUGGAGUUGGUGGAAGUGGGGGAACGUCUUUGCUAUCAUCUGCCUUCAGAUCUCUUCCGAUUGGAAUUCCUAAGAUCAUUGUAUCUACUGUAGCUAGUGGUCAGACUGAACCGUAUGUUGGGACAUCGGAUCUGGUAUUGUUUCCAUCAGUUGUGGAUAUUUGUGGCAUUAACAAGGUUAGUAGGGUCAUCCUGUCUAAUGCUGGAGCUGCGUUUGCUGGAAUGGUGGUAGGAAGGCUCCAAGCAUCUUCUUUUUCAAAGGAUAAUAAGUUCACUGUGGGUAUAACCAUGUUUGGGGUUACAACUCCUUGUGUAAAUGCUAUCAAAGAAAGAUUGCUCAACGAAGGUUAUGAGACCCUAAUUUUCCAUGCUACUGGGGUUGGAGGCAGGGCUAUGGAGAAUUUAGUUAGAGCAGGCUUCAUACAGGGAGUUUUGGACAUUACGACAACAGAGGUUGCAGAUCAUAUUGUUGGAGGUAUCAUGGCUUGUGACAUUUCACGCUUUGAUUCCAUUAUAGAAAAGAAGAUCCCUUUAGUUCUGAGUGUGGGAGCCUUGGAUAUGGUGAAUUUUGGGGCCAUAGAUACCAUACCUUCUGAUUUUAAGCAAAGAAAGAUAUACAAGCACAAUGAGCAGGUUUCUUUGAUGCGAACUACAGUAGGUGAAAACAAGAAAUUCGCUGCCUUCAUAGCAGAAAAACUGAACAUGUCAUCUUCGAAGAUCUCUGUUUGCCUGCCGGAGAAAGGAGUAUCUGCUUUGGAUGCACCAGGGAAGCCCUUUUAUGAUCCUGAAGCUACUGGUGCUCUUAUAGAUGAAUUGCAAAGGCUUAUUCAGACAAAUAAUGAUCGAAAGGUAAACGUGUUUCCUUACCAUGUAAAUGACCCUGAAUUUGUCACCGAAGUAGUUAACUCAUUCAUUGAGAUUUGUGAGAAUUCCAAAGUUACUACUGAUCCACAAGCUUUUGUUGAGCCUUACCCAAACGUCCAAGAUGGGUCUGUUUCCAUGACGACUAUACCUUGCCACAAAACAGUUCCUUACAGCUUGAGCGAUUUUCCCAAUGCAAAACCAGAAACAUUGCGAAGAACUCAACUGAUAUUGCAGCAACUGAAAGAUCAAAUGAGAGCAGGCAAACCCAUUAUAGGGGCUGGUGCAGGGACAGGCAUAUCUGCAAAGUUUGAGGAAGCUGGUGGGGUGGAUCUGAUAGUGUUAUACAACUCAGGGCGCUUCCGAAUGGCAGGAAGGGGAUCCUUGGCAGGUCUUUUACCUUUUGCUGAUGCAAAUGCUGUGGUCGUUGACAUGGCCAACGAAGUAUUGCCUGUUGUGAAAAAAGUACCAGUUCUUGCCGGAGUCUGUGGAACCGAUCCUUUUCGCCGAAUGGAUUUCUUUUUGAAGCAGGUGGAGUCAAUAGGAUUCCAUGGAGUGCAGAACUUUCCGACUGUUGGGCUUUUCGAUGGUAAUUUUAGACAAAAUCUGGAAGAGACAGGAAUGGGAUACAGCUUGGAGGUUGCUAUGAUAGCAGAAGCACAUAAAAUGGGCCUAUUAACAACCCCUUAUGCUUUCAACCCCGAUGAAGCUGUUCAAAUGGCAGAAGCAGGUGCUGAUAUCAUAGUAGCUCACAUGGGUCUGACAACUUCUGGGUCAAUUGGUGCAAAGACUGCUCUCUCCACAGACGAAAGUGUAGUUCUUGUGCAGGCUAUUGCAGAUGCUGCACACAGGAUCAAUCCUGAUCUUAUUGUGCUCUGCCAUGGAGGCCCUAUAUCUGGUCCAAAAGAGGCAGAAUUUGUUCUGAAGAGAACCAAUGGAGUUCACGGGUUCUAUGGUGCAUCGAGCAUGGAAAGGCUACCAGUUGAACAAGCUAUAACAGCCACGGUCCAACAGUACAAAUCAAUUACUCUAACGUGAACUUGAGAUUUUAGACCAGUGGCAGAAACCUUUCUCUUGUCCCGGUAUCACAAGAGUUUUCUCUUGAACUUUUUGAGUUUACUUUCUAGUUUUCACCGACUGAAGCUUGCCCGGGUAUGUAUCAUUGACUCAUUGGUAAUGUGGUUUCUCUGUUGCUGUAAAUUUGCUCUUGUUAUGCUGUGAAGUUUUAUGAAGUUCACAAGAAUAA